GCCAGCAUCACAGGAAUGGGGAAUAAAAGCAAUUAAAAAAAUCUAUCCUUUGGUUAUUAAAUUGUAGUAUGACAAUAAACGCUCGAUCCAUAGUCCAUACCUUGCCACACCAGUGUAAAAAUUAAGAUGAUCCCAUGUGUAUUGAGAUUGGAGAAGGAACAUUUUCAGUACUCAGUCAAACACCAUAGUUGUAUUUUACUUUGCACAUAACUUUCUAAUCAUAUCCCAUCAAUUUUUUUCUUUUCUUUGUGUUACCACUUGGUAGUAAAGCAUUGUUGCUAUUGAUUCUGAUAUGGAAAAUAGGGAAGAGAGCAUAUGUAUCAUUGGAGCUGGAAUCAGUGGCCUUCUUGCCUGCAAAUAUGUACUCUCAAAGGGGUUUUCUCCAGUAGUUUUUGAGUCUUCCAGCUCCAUUGGUGGAGUAUGGACUAAAACAAUUGGAAUCACAAAGCUCCAAACUCCCAAACCAAUCUUCCAGUUCUCAGAUUUCCCCUGGUCACCUUCUGUUGAUACAGAUUUCCCUACCUCAAAUCAAGUCUUGGACUACAUCCAAUCCUACACGAAACACUUCGAUUUAUACCCUUACAUCAGGUUCAACACUAAGGUGUUGAGGCUGAGGUUUGAAACACCAGAUGAAAAGACACAACCAACCUUGGACUCUGGCGAACUAUUCCGCAAUAAAGGAACAUGGAUGGUGACCGUUCAAAAUAAUGAAACGGGUUCUACUGAGAUCAUCCGAUUCAAGUAUGUAAUACUGUGUGUUGGUCGAUUUAGUGGUGAGCCAAAUGUGCCUGAAUUUCCAGCAGGUAAAGGGCCUGAAGCUUUUCAGGGAAAAGUAAUACAUUCAAUGGAAUACUCAAACAUGGAUGAUGCCGAUGCUGCUGAAUUCAUCAAAGGGAAGAGUGUUGCAGUUGUGGGAUUCCAGAAAUCUGCCCUGGAUAUCGCGAUGGAGUGCUCCACCGCCAAUGGACUGGAUCAUCCAUGUACUGUCUUGUACAGGACAAAGCACUGGACCGUACCUGAUUACCUUCCAUGGGGUAUCCCAUUGGCAUUUCUGUACUUGAGCCGUUUCUCUGAGCUCUUAGUUCAUAAACCCGACGAAGGAUUCUUGUUAAGUAUCCUGGCAACUUUUCUUUCACCCUUGAGAUGGAUAUUUUCCAAAUUUGUGGAAAGCGACAUCAAGAAUAAGUUGAGGCUUACCAAAUUUGGAAUGGUGCCUGAGCACAGUUUCCUGAACGAAAUGAACUCUUGCUUGAUCUCCACCGUGCCUGAUGGGUUUUACAACCGGGUUGAAAGUGGAAGCAUCAACCUAAAAAACGCUCCCACUUUCGGUUUCUGUAAAAAUGGAAUAUUGGUUGGCAAUGGCAAAGAUCAGGAAGCAGAGAAAGUGGUGGAAGCAGACAUUGUGAUACUUUGCACAGGGUUUAGGGGCAUCCACAAGCUCAAACACAUCUUUGAGUCUACCAUUUUCCAGGAUUACAUUGCCGGAUCAAAUGAUGCUGCAGUUCCUUUGUACAGGUACUGAUUUUUUUCAUCAAUGUAAAAAUUUCUCGGUGAAUUCACCAUUUUAAACACAGGAUUAGUGAGACUGGUCAGGGAAAAAAAAAAUUCUUAUCGUUGUGGAGGUAUUGUCGUAUUGAUUAACAUGUGUCGGGAUCAUCAGGGAGUGCAUUCACCCUAAGAUUCCAAACCUAGCGGUUGUUGGAUUCUCAGAAAGCCUUUCGAAUCUAUAUACAUCGGAGAUAAGGAGCCGAUGGGUGGCAGAGCUCCUCCACGGCACGUUCAAGCUACCAAGUGUUCAAGAAAUGGAGAGAGAUAUAGCUGCUUGGGACAAUUUCAAGAAGAAAUACUCAGGAAAAUACUACAGAAGAUCAUGCAUUGGUGCCUUGCAUAUAUGGUACAAUGAUCAGUUGUGCAAAGACAUGGGUUGGAAUCCUCAUAGGAAGAAGGGCUUUCUUGCUGAUCUAUUCUUGCCUUAUGGCCCCCUUGAUUACACCACAAACGAGCAUGGCCAUUAAUCUCCGAGGAGUGAUGCUUCCCAUUCGACAAAUUUCUCGCAAAUCCAUUAUGUGGGGUCGAUUAUAUAGCUCAUAUGCUAUCAUUCUAGUUUGGAAAAACAUAUUACACGUUCAGAAAAUAAUAAAGUAUUUUUGUGUGUGUAGGAAACCGAUGCUUCCUACAACUUCUUUUGUUUCAAAUUGGCAAGUAAUGGUAAAGGACACUGAUGCUAUGAAGCCUUGAAUUUCUAUGUCAGGUAUUGGAUACAGUUUUGUCUUCUGGAAAAAAUUCAGUGCAUUCUCAUUUGUUCUGUUGCUCUACAAAUGGAGUAAAUAUUCGCUUGAUUAGUGCAAUAAUAUAUGUGACA